UAGCAAACCCCCACCCCUUAAAAAUCCCAUGCCCAUAACAUAACACCUCAUUCCUUACCCCCCCUUUUUGUCUUAAACUUAUUCUUCUGCUACCACCAAACCGAACCAUCCUUGGUUCAUGUCCUGUUCAGGCCAUCUUUUGCAUGUGCCACUUGGCCUCUGACACAAACUUUUCUCUUCGGAACCAAUCAUUUUUCAUCAACUUCAGCUUUUACACAACACUUCAUUUACACUUUUGUGCUUAGCUUCAUCAACAUGGACAACAUGGGUGACCCAAAGAGCAUCAUACAUGAGCUGCUACAAGGUUUGGAAUUGGCAAGGCAACUCCAAGUGUAUCUCCACCUGCCAACUUCGUCCCAAGAAACACGUGACCUACUGAUCCAGAAGAUCAUAUCAACAUUUGAAAAAGCACUUGAAAUGGUAAAUUGUAAAGGGCCAGUGCCAGCGGGUGAGUCAUCACAUUAUCCCCUAGGGGCUGCAUUAAUCCGAGUGUCAGAUUCACCUUUGAGCAGUAGUCCCCGCAGUGAAGACUCUGAUAGAGAUUUCAAGGACCAGGACCCCAAUGCUUUCAAAAAGAGAAACACUUUGCCAAGAUGGACAAAACAUAUUCGAGUUACCCCAGGAAUGGGGGUGGAAGGGCCUCUUGACGAUGGAUAUAGUUGGAGAAAAUAUGGCCAGAAAGACAUCCUUGGAGCCUUGUACCCGAGGGGCUAUUACAGAUGUACCCACAGAAAUGUUCAAGGCUGCAUGGCAACAAAGCAAGUGCAAAGAUCCGAUGAAGACCCCACCAUUUUCGAAAUCACUUACCGAGGAAAACACACCUGCACAAUGGCCAACAACGUGGGUUCUUCUUCAUCACCAAUUCCACCAGAAAACCAAGAACCAAGUUUGAACAACACAAAUCCUCAGCAGCAGAAUAUCUUGCAAAACCUUGAACAACAACAAAGCGACCUACUUUUGAGCCUGCGGAAAGGGUUGAGAGUCCAAACAGAGAACCUAGAUUCCCCUGACCAACAAUCAUUGGUUCCGUUCCGUUUCCCUUUGUCCACAAACAUCAAAAUUGAAAGCCAAGUUUUCCCUUCCCCUGUGCUUGAAAACUUUAUUAGUUCUCCUUCUUAUAUGUCCUCUGCUGCUUCAGGAAUAAGUCACUUUUCAGUGUCUCCAAGUGGGGUGAACAGCUUUGGAGGGAACCCAAAUUUGGCAAAUUCUGAGUCUCAGAUCAAUGACAUGAUCCCAGCCACUACUACUUCAGCUCCAAACUCAUCAACCGUUGGCUUAGAGUUCCCUUUUGACCAGUUUGAAUUCGAUGGCCAGAACUUCACAUUCGAUAACCCUCCAUUUUUCUCUUGAAUAUGCUCAAUUCUGAGAAGAAGCCGAAUAAAACACAAAAACUAAAUUUUGUUUCUUUUUUAAAAAAAAAAAUAAUAUUAGAACUAGAAGCAUAUGAUGAAAGUUUGUGGCAACAUUCUAGAAUAAUAUGACCCUUUAGAAAAAGAGGCAAAAACGUUUCAAUGUAUGUCUUAGCUACUUGUGUCGUAGGAAUGUGCAAAUCUAAAAUUGCUUAGUCAAUAAGAAUUUUCCUUUAUCAUUA